AUGUACCACCUGAAAGGAAAUGAACAAAACAAUUCAGAAAACCAGAAACAACUGAAUUGCACAAGGCUGACACCAGCUGGAAUUAAUAGUUCACCCAAAUUGGAUUCUUCUGCUAUUCAAUUUCAUUUAUCUCCACGCGAAGCUAGGAAGAUUUUUAAUUCUAUGGUCCAGAGGGGUAAAAACCCAAUUGUGUCUACCAACAAAACUCCGCUUCAUGGGUACGCUGCCAAUGGUGCUCUUGCUGAUAUGCAUGAUUUCCUAGAUUUGAUGGUUCGAGACGGUGUUUCCUUUUAUCAUCAUGUAUUCAAUAUACUGAUAUGGGGAUAUGCUAAACGACAAAUGGUUGAUGAGGCAAUGCUUAUAUUUACAAAAAUGCGGCAGCAAGGAUUGAACCCUGUUGUAGUCAACUACGGAACUGCAAUAGAUGGACUUUGCAAGAUAGGCAGAGUGGAUGAUGUUAUGUCCCAAUUCAAUCAGAUGAUCCAACAAGGAUUGAUUCCUGACAUCAUUGUGUUUAACACCCUAAUUCAUGGUCUGUGUGCCUGUGGCACAUGGGAAAAGGCUGAGGAAUUAGCUUUUGAAAUGAUUAAUGGAGGCAUCCAUCCCAACUCUGUGUUCUUCAACUCAAUAAUGAGCAACUUAUGCAAAGGAAGGGUUAUGGAAGCCCAAAAUUUCUUUGACCUGAUGGUACGUGCUGGUGGGAAGUCUGAUGUUUCAUAUACCACACUAAUUGAUGGGUAUUGCUUGGAAACUUUCUGCCUCCGGAGUAUAUACCUGUAGGUCAGCUUAUGGAGCUUUCUUUGAAGGGUCCAUCAAAUUUGCACCAUGGAGUCGUAUAUGGAAGAGU